GCUGCGCGGCGCGCUAGCACAUGGCGGUGGCUGGCGGUUGCAAAGUGUGUUGCUGGAAACAAUAAUAUACCGAAUUUCUUGUUUUCACCCUUUGCAGAAACAGCCAGUAUCAUGGCAGGAGUAGCCCCGGGUGUCCCAAGAGUACGCAUCCAACUGCUGCUGAAAGGCUGUGCAAAUCGACCUUUCUACCACCUUGUGGCAGCGCGACUACGGAGACGGCCCCGGGACACGGACACCAUUGAGCAGCUCGGUUCCUUUGACCCGAUGCCCAACGAGCGUAACGAGAAGUUGGUGGCCAUCAACUUUGACCGGCUGAACUACUGGUUCGGGCAGGGAGCCAAGACGAGUCCGGGAGCAGGCAUGCUCUUGGGUUUGGCAGGAUACACAAGCAUGCACCCAAAAGUCUAUAUGAAGGCGUGGAGGAAUCGGCGGGCUGCGCUUACUGAAGCUGGAAAGGUAGCUGCUGAAGCGAAGGAUGAAGCAGCAAAGGCCGAGAGCUAGGGUGAAAAGGCUGUGAGUUUGUUCUUUGUGUCCCGCAAAAUGUUGUUGAAGUCAGCAAGCAAGAAAAAAAGAAAUGAUGCUGAACUUUUCUUGAAGUGCAUAGGGCGGCUGGCAACAGGCCUACAGUAAGAAGAGUGUUAGCGUACACAUGCUAGCUGGAUCUGUUGAAAUGCGUGAAUGUGCUGUUGUAUGUUUCCCUGGACGAGAUAACAAGCACUUGUGGCUGAAGAACGAAUAAAAUUAGAAUUCAUUGAUGA